AUGGCUGCUGCACGAGAGACAUUUCAUGUUUCCAAGCAUUUGGUGUAGCUGUCGGAAGUUACGAAUUUAGUCAUACCCCGGUUCUGGCGGAAGUAGCGGGCGGGUUACCCGGUGCAUGUUCCUGGCGGAAGUGCUGGGAUGCGGAGUGUCGGUGCCGGCGGGUCCGGCGGGUGUAGGCCGCGGGGCCUGGGUGUGUGAGUGGCGGGUAUCGGUGGGUAAGGGGAGCUCGGGCCUGCUAGAAUCAUGGCCACUCGCCGUCUGACCGACGCCUUCUUAUUAUUGCGGAACAAUGCCGCCCAAAACCGGCACAUUCUGGCCGAGCAAGUGAGUAAUUCCAGCCGCACAGGGAGUGCGCGGAGCCUCGGAGCGAUCGCAGAUGACCGCAUGGCCUUGGUCUCAGGCAUUAGCUUGGACCCAGAAGCUGCCAUUGGUGUAACAAAGCGUCUGACUCCCAAAUGGGUGGAUGGAAUAGAAGAAAUCCAGUAUGAUGUCACGCGUAUUAAACAGAAGAUGAAGGAGCUGGCCAGUUUGCAUGACAAGCACUUAAACAGACCCACGUUAGAUGACAGCACAGAGGAGGAGCACACUAUAGAAAUCAGUACUCAGGAGAUCACACAGAUGUUCCACCGGUGUCAGAGAGCAGUGCAGACCUUACAGAGCCGAGCACGGCACUGUACAGAACAGGAGGAGCGUGUGUUACGGAAUGUAGUGUCUUCCCUGGCGCAGUCUCUCCAGGACCUCUCCACAAACUUCAGACAUGCUCAGUCUGGCUAUCUCAAAAGGGUAAAAAAUCGAGAGGAAAGAUCUAAACAUUUCUUUGACACCUCUGUCCCCCUCAUGGAUGAUGGAGAGGAUAAUACAUUGUAUGAUCGGGAAUUCACAGAUGAUCAGCUUGUUUUAGUGCAGCAGAAUGCAUUGAUGGUGGAGGAACGGGAACGAGAGAUUCGGCAGAUUGUACAGUCCAUCUCUGACCUGAAUGAGGUCUUCCGGGACCUGGGUUCAAUGGUGGUAGAGCAGGGUACGGUUUUGGACAGAAUUGACUAUAAUGUGGAGCAAUCCUGUAUUAAGACAGAGGAUGGGCUGAAACACUUGCAAAAGGCAGAGCAGUACCAAAAAAAGAACCGCAAGAUGCUUGUCAUUUUAAUUCUGUUUGUCCUUUUGCUUGUUCUAAUUGUUGUGCUAAUUGGUGUAAAGUCCUAAUUAGGUCAUUCUUCAUUUUAUUAUUAUUGGUUUGGAUCCAAAUUUGUUCUUGUUUUCUGUCUGUGUCCAGAAGAACCUGUAAAGUUACCAUUUAUUUCUGCCAAGGAACCUGAAAAUACUGUUGAUGCUUCAAGAAGUUAAUUCCCAUAUCUGGUUCUAAUCUCCAGUAUUAUGGACCAAAGCUGUGCUAACCUUGGCAUUGUGCACUACUUAUUUGUAUUGAACACUAUUGCUUCCUAUUGCUUUGAGAAUGGAGGUCAGGAACAGACUUGUACCUACCUGUACGGGUUACAAGUCAUGGCCAACAAGUGAAUACUGGCACCAAUCCAUUGUCAAUCCAAAUUUAGGGUGGGGGAGGGGGGUUGGAUCUGCUUCUCAGGUUUCGCAUACUUGACGUGUUUUGUACAUCGGGGGAUGGAAGUUGCUGGGGAUUCCCGCACUAAACAUUGACGCACACUGUUCAUUCAUUUCAUUGUCUUUAAUACUAGAGUGUAUUUACACAGUCUGUUGUUGCUCAACACAUUGGUUGCAAUCAUUAGUAUGCAGCCUAUUUAUUUGGUACUAAAGAUAUCACUGAGACAAGAGGGAUAAGUGGCUCAAUAAGCAGAAUAUUGAUUGUUUAGGCAACGGUUGCACUUUAAUUUGGAAAAUAUACUCUAAAUAUUGUAGGGAGCCACUUCUAACAUUCAAAGAUAUUUGUAAUUGUAUCCAGUUAUUGAAGAACUUGAUAUUUGAUAUUAUGCUGCUGAAGGAUGAACAAAGCAAUCAUGCGUGAGACCUGAUUAUGUUGUUGGUGAAUACCAGGAGACAGGAAUACUGCUGUACAUCCAAGAGAAGUUUUCCUGGCGUCAUCAUACAUUUGUAAAGCGUUUCACCUUCUCACAUUCUGUGGACUGGAGUCAGUAUUGAGAUAUUCGGCGGUAUUCAAUUCUUUUCACCCCCUUCCACACCCAUUCUGUUUCUGCUGACGGGCAUGGUAUAAUCAUUUCAGCUCGCUACCCCAAGGGUAGCGAGGGCGCCCAACCCUUACACAGGUAAACCUGAUUACUAUGGACACUAUAGAUAAUGGGGAUUACUUUAGAGAGGAGAUUGGGCAUGAUAUAUCAUUUGAAUACUACCCUUGAGUUCACUAGAUGCUUCCCUGAUAUCACCAGUUCUUCAUGAAAUGAUGUGACCUAACUUUAUGGAUAUUGGGUGACUGGACCGAAUCGCUGCCUCUGCUGUGAAUAUGCAUGUGGUAUGCUUUAACUGUUUGAAUAUGCAGCCCUGCCCCACCCCUGCUUUACUCUUAAGGUCCCUAUACACUACCGCGACAUGGCCGUCUGACAUGUCACGGGCGAUCACCCCCGGCGGGCAGGAUCACCCAGGAUACAUCGUAUGCUGUCCUUUUGCAUACGAUGUAUCUUGGGCGAUCCAGGCCGAUCCCAGCCACACCUGCGGGGUCGGACCGGAUUGAAUGUGCAGCACAUUCACUCUGGAGGUUCCGAUCCGAUGCUCAUGUGAGCGCGCAUCGGAUCGGAAAACGCCUCCAAAAUGCCCGAUUUCAUCCGAUAUAUCGUGCCAAAUGCCCGAAAUCGGAUGAAAUCGGGCAUUAUCGUCCUAGUGUAUGUAGCCCUUUUAUUACUGAGGUUUACCCUUUCAUUUUAUUUCUAAGAAAUUUGUGGAAUUGUUGGUUGGUCUGAGAAGCUGAUGUUAACAAUUUGUAAAUACUGUUAUAAUAAAGAGAGUUCUAUUAUUUAUCAUGAAGAGGACCAGUACAAAACAACACAACCAAUCUUUUCUUUUAUUGCAAAAAAGCUUACAGAUCCGUUAAAAGAAACAUCAUUGCAUUUCCCUUUGUUUUUUACUGCUGCUCUUUGUGGUUGCAAAUAAUGAAAAGAAAUGUUUGUUUUUAAAUCUUACUAUUGUGCAGAUAUUGUUCUUCCUACAAAUAUCAGAGAGGAGCAGUUGAGAUUUUGUGUAUAUUUGUAAUUUAUAAUACAAAAUAUGUGAGGCCCUUAUUUUAGUGAGAAGGUAGGUUUAUGUUAUAUGUUGUCUCCUCUGUAAAAUAUGUACAAUAUGGGGAAAUUCUCAGUGCAUGCGAGGUAUAAUGUCCUAUGCAGCUCAGCCCUGUGGAGUGCAUGUUUUAUUUUACUGGUUGGUUUACUUCUCAAACCCAUUUCUCUGUCAUUCUCUUACCACUCAUUUUUGCUAUUAAACUGUUGGAGUGAUUGUCUAUUUAA